UAAAAGAUUCUAUAUGAAUGUAUUGAAUCAUUUGACUACAGAACAUUUACAAUAAUUUAUCUACAGACGAUUGUUUUCAGUACCCUUGAUUUUUAUUGAUCAACGGUCGUGAAUUUGUAAACUUUAAUUUUAUUACGGACAGGUGCUAGAUUCUGUCAAAGUCAUAUUGAUUUUCAUGUUUUUUUUCAUUGGAUAGAGGUUAAGCCUUGCUUGUACAUUAAUUUGAAAAAAAAACAAGUCACUCUUAUUAAAGGAAUAAUCAGCCAUAAAUCACGAUGCAUAAGCAGGGUGCAACAAGAUAUCAAAAGUUUCUCAAGUCGGAAAAGGCUAAGACUAAGUUAAAAGGGAAAAAAGACCUACCAAAGGGCACCAAUGUUACUAAAACAAAUUUUAAAGUAAAAAAAAUCAUAAUACAAGAACAACUUAAGAAACAUGGUCAAACGGAAGCCUUGUCGUCAAAGAAGCUAAAUGCUAAAGAAUUGUUAUCACGACUAAGUCACUUUAAUACAAAUGCCCGUAUGGAAGCCUUAAAUGGAUUAAAAGAACUUAUAACUCUGCACACUGACUCUCUGGAAGUAAACUUGGGACAAUUUAUUCAUGGUGUUACGCCUUUGAUUUUAAACAUUGAAAAAAAUGUACGACGUGAGUCAAUAAAGGUAGUCCAUUUGGUGUUAACACAUGUAAGCACAGAUAAAAUAGACCCUUUCCUUGAUGUUCUAUCAACAUACCUCAGAAGUGCAAUGACACAUAUUGAUAGCAGAAUUCAAGAAGACUCACUAUUAUUCCUUGAUGUCUUGUUAUUAUGUACCCCGCAACUGAUAGCUCAUGAUUUUCAUAAGAUUAUACCCAAUUUCUUAGAUAUGAUAUCAAAGUUGAAGGAUACAAAUCAAGGUAGGACAUUGAUUGUUAAUUUAAACAGCCAAAUUACUAGUGUAAAGUGGCGUGUAAAGGUAUUUUACCGGCUGCAGCAGUUUUUGCAUAAAUUUGCUGAAUGCAAUGAUGUUUACAAGAUAGAACAGUUAUCUGACAAGACUCAUGUAUUUGACAUAAAAAAUAAAAAUAAUUUUCUAUUAUUUAAUCCAAUUUAUACAUCCGUAUGCACAGUGUCGUGCUUUUCAUCUAAAACCACUCAAAAUGUCCUUAUAUCAGGUGAAGAGGAAAAGUUUCAAUCCUAUCUAGAAACUUUAAUGCCCUUAAUGUUUGAUAUUUGGCUCGAAGCACGCCCUAAUGUAAAGGGAGAUAAAAAUAUUGAAACAGUCAUAAAUGAAGAUGCUGCAAUAUUAUUAAAACAUAUUCUUGAUGUGAUUUCUAUAAUAUGGGAACUUGUUGAAUACUUUAAUAAAACAUAUCCUCGUUCAUUGUUAAAAAAUAGUUUCAUACAAAAAUAUAAGUCUCUGUUUAGCCAGCAUUUUGUUGCUGCCUUUCCAUAUGUAACUAAUGUAAGGUCACGGUUGCCAAAAACAGAUUUACCUUUUGAAAGCACAAUAAAAGAUCCAAAGCUAAUCAUUGAAAAUUUGGAAAUAUGCUAUUUGUAUAUAAGUAUCAAUCCAAACCUAAAUAUAAAAAACAACCAAAAAGAUAUCACUGCUAUCUUCAAUUACAUUGAAAACAACUUUACCAGUAACUCACAAGGCCCCAUGUUAGAUGUGGCAAUUAAAGUUAUGAACAAAAUAAUUUCAGAAGAGAUAAGCAGCAAUUGGACAAACUCAUUAUAUAUAGUAGAACCAUUAUUUAGAAAAAUGAUCUCAACUUACUGCAGUGACAGUUCUUCUACAUAUCUAAAGCAGCAAAUGUUUUCAUUGCUUUUCAAAAUGUAUUUAAAUAACAAUCUAGUUGGUUUUCAUUCCAAUGCAGUUUUUGUAUACUGGCUCCAUAUUUUACCAGAAGUAUUGUUAGAAAGUACUAUUAGUUCAGAUAUAAUUAAUAUUCUUCAUAGGCUUGCUGUGAGUAAUAAUAAAAGUUUUAACAAUGUAGUUAAACCUAAACUUACAGAUAUUAUAACAAACCUACCUAAAAUUACAAUAAGUGAUUCAACACAAAAAAGUUCUUACUACAAACUAUUUUCUAUAUUGUAUUGGAUAAAUUCAUGGGAUGCAAAGUCUUUUGAAUUGUUAGAAAACCAGAUUAUGAAUAAUGAAUAUAAGAGUGAUUAUGGACAAUAUAUUCUUGACACUUUAAAAUCUAGAGGUGGCAUCAUAGAUUAAGGUUAACAUUUUUUUGUUAUAUUGUAAUGAAACAUUGAAUAAUCAAUGAGUUAAAUAAAAUAUAAAACAUAUUUUUUGUAUUUUUUUUAUUAAUUCAAACAUGAUAUUCCAAUGUAAUACAACCAAUUAGCAAAAUGUACAGAAUUACCACAUUUUUAGACAAUAUCCAAUGUCGAAAUUGCAAUUGAAACCACAGCUAGAAAUUAUUGCAAGCAUAGCUGCAUUUUUACAACACCAAGAAUUAUAAUAUACAUAAUAAUUUUGCUUCAUAUGGUUAAUUUUUUACUCAUAUAGUACUGUACAUAUAUUCUAACAAAACACAAAUUUCCAUACAAGAACAAAUCAUACCAUCUUCUAUAUAUUGGUUGUAAAUAAAACUAAAAUAUACAUACAAGAUAAACUGACACACAUAAUUUUAGGACAUGAAAAUUGCAUUGCAUUAAACACAUUUGGUAAAAUAAACUUUAUAAUCUCUACCAUUUUAAAUAUAUUCCUAUCCCUAACAAUGAGUUUAUAUGUAAUUCUAUUUGUCUUCUCAAGUUGGCUCAAUAAGAAUUAAAACUGUACACAAGACAUUCUGCUAUUUAUGUUGUAAAUUUAUAAGUAUAUUGCACCUUUUUUACUACACCAUAUUAAAUGAAAUUAAUUUAAUAAAACUUUAUUUUAUUUAUGUGGUAAAGCACUUUUGCUUUAGAAUUUACUGCUACAUUUUACACAGGGCAAACACAUGAUCAUGUAACUUAUUCGAUCUGGUGAUGGAAAGUUCAUUUGACAACAAAAUCUUAUUAGGAAGGGUACGGCAACAUCUUCAGUUACCACUAAGGUGUUCCCUAACAUCCCUUUAAAAAUAUCUCCUUAGUAUGUAUUAAUUUAUUGAAUUUUUAUAACUUCAAUUUGUGUUUGGAUAUAUCAUAAAUAUGAUUCCUCUAGUGUUUGUUUUAAAGCCUCGUUGACUUUUUAUUUGAUGCUUAAUGCAUACCAUAAUUAUACACUAUGCCUUUUUAAAUAGUAAUUACACAAUUAGAUAUUUGGCAAAUUUUGGCAAAAUUAAAGAUUACCAAUUUUAUAUGAGUGCAUUUGAAAACAUAUAUUAGUUUUAAAAAUAAUAAUCGAGAUAUAAUGGAUCCAGAUUUUUUUGAGAAUUCAGUCCUCAUAAAUAAAUUUACCUAAUUACAAAUAUUAUAUUGUGCAUUCAAUGCUAUUGAAUUUUGGUAACUAUACAAAGUACCUAUUAGAAAAAAUAAAAACGGAAAAAAGAACCGAGAAAAAAUUACCUUCAUAUCAAUACUUCUUAAUUACUCGAGAUCGUCUAGAUUCUAUAAAACCUAAUAUAAGUUAGCCUUAACAGACAACAUUUCGAUAUAGAAUAUUUAGCACAAGCAAAAGAAUUAUUGGAAGCUGAUAUAAUAUAAUACUGAUUUAGGAAGAGUAUUUCAAUUCAUAUGAAUUUAAUUAUUAUAAAAUUGGUGACAUGCACUUUAAUAUAAAAAGUACAUAAUAGAACAAAAUAUAACA